AUGUCUCCAACCACAAUCCCCCUCGAUCACCCAGUGCCUAUUUCCAAGUCCAUUCUGGAAGUGUCUGUCAACUUUAAUCUGCUUCAUAUUGAAGAUCUGGACGAGACAAAACAAAUGUUGACCACCACUGGAUGGUUCUUCUUCAGGUGGACCCUUCAAGGAUUGUCAUGGGAUGAAACUAAAUUUCAGAAUAUCUCAAGGGUUUCGGUUUUACCAAAGGACAUGUGGUUGCCAGAUUUAGUGUUGCUCAAUGCAAAUGACAACUAUGGCCGUCUUGGGGGCGAACAUCAACCAUGUACUAUAAGAAACAACGGAACUGUGGAGUGGUACGCCAUAGAUCGCCGCUCAACUACCUGUAUUGUAGAUGUCACAAGCUUCCCGUUUGACAAACAACGGUGUUCCUUGGAGCUGUCGCAAUGGAUUACAGACACCUCAGAGGUAGAUUACACAUUUCACAAUGUACCCAUAUCCUAUAACACAGUUAAAGAAAAUGGAGAGUGGGAGGUUUUGGAUACGUUCGUAAAAGAAUAUCACAUAUACGACGGUUUAUAUCAGGUCCUGGAACUGGGACUUAUCCUUGGUCGACGUCGAGCUUACUACAUACUUACUGCAAUUUUGCCAGUUUGCAUCCUAUCCUGUCUCAAUCUAAUGGUGUUCCAUGUGCCCCCGGAGUCAGGAGAGAAGAUGAGCCUGUGUGUGUCUGUGAUGUUGGCCUAUGCAGUGUACCUGACAUCCAUCAACUCAGUCUUACCCUCUGUGUCCGACCACGUGGCUCUUUUCAGCGUUUACCUCCACUACAUGUUUGUCCUCAAGGCUCUGACUGUUGUGGCGUCAGUCUUUGUCCUACACCUUCACUCAGCACUGCCCAAGUCGACAAUUAGAAAACGGCUGACAAAGCAUCUUUCUCCCAAUCCAAAGAAAGCUACACCAGGUGCCUUUGUGGCUGAUAAUACCGACGAAGCAAAUAACCUGAAUGGUGAAUCUGUGAAAACUAACAAAAAUGCUGAAGACUUAAAAAUCUUGCUGGAACAAGAGCAAUGGGUUGACAUUGUCAAAAAGGUGGACCUUCUGUUCUUUUGUAUUUUCUUAAUGCUGUUCAUUUUGUCGACAGGUGGAUUUUUCUGCGCAAUUGCAUCCACUCAAGAGUAA